AAUAUUUGAGAAAAAACUCUCAUUCUCUCUCUUUUAUUUUUUUUUAUUACUUUGAAAAUGGCGGACGAUAAGAAAGAGUCAACGUCAAGUUCGCCGCUUCGAAACGAAACCCUCCAUGAAGAUCCCGAAGAUCUCGUCAAAUCUCCUCCUUCUUCCCCAAAUUCCUCUACUCGCAAGGCUUGCUAUGCUGUUCUUCAAAGUUGGGUGUCAAAGAAGUUCAUGACUGGAUGUGUGGUCCUCUUUCCCGUGGCUGUUACAUUUUUCAUCACAUGGUGGUUUAUUCAAUUUGUUGAUGGUUUCUUCAGCCCCAUAUAUGAAAGACUUGGUAUUGACAUAUUUGGCCUUGGAUUUGUCACAUCGAUAACCUUCAUAUUCUUCGUUGGCAUUUUUGCUUCAUCAUGGCUGGGUUCAACAGUUUUCUGGUUAGGGGAGUGGUUUAUAAAGAGAAUGCCCUUUGUGAAGCAUUUAUACUCUGCAUCAAAGCAAAUUAGUUCUGCUAUUUCACCAGACCAGAAUACCAAUGCUUUCAAGGAAGUCGCUAUAAUUCGUCAUCCCCGAAUUGGUGAAUAUGCGAUUGGUUUCAUAACAUCUUCAGUUGUUCUCCAGAGAGAUGACGGGGAUGAAGAGUUGUGCAGCAUUUUUGUCCCUACAAAUCAUUUGUAUAUAGGGGACGUAUUUUUGGUUAAUUCCAAUGAUAUCAUCAGACCAAAUUUGUCCGUGCGAGAAGGCAUAGAGAUCAUUGUGUCUGUGGGAAUGUCAAUGCCACAGGUGAUUUCUCCUAUAGAAAGGAUCACAAGACAGAACGACCGGAUCCCUCUAAACAGAAUGUUAAAGUAAAACAGAAUCCUUAUGAUUGCUUGCACUAAGCUACCACAGUUUCACUUUUGAGGAAUGUCUCACAUUAUUUUCGUCAUCUUCUGUGUUUGAUUGAUGGUUCAGCAUAUCUGAACUGAAGUUAUUAGUGACUUUGUUGUAUGUUUAUUCUUUAGGAUUAGGACGAGGAGAUACUGUUUGUUUGAAACAAAUAGGUAGGGAGGCAUUGUUUGGCUGUAAUUGGUUUAAUCUAAUUGAACAAUUCAUCGUGGUCGGUAUAUAUUAUUGUAACUUAUGAGUUCUAGUUUUUGUAUUAUAAAGAAGCGGUCAAUACAGUCAUCCAAUUUUGUGUUUACUUUA